AUGCGGUUCGCACCGCUCGCAUUGCUCAUAGCAACCGCGCAUGCCUUCCAGCAGCCGCUGCGCCCGCUGAAGCCCGGCGCGCUCGGUAAGAAACCGGGCCGCCUGCUCGCCGCCGCCGCCGGGGAACAAAAGCAGACGGGCGCGAGCGUGCCCGCGACGACGCUGGGCGUGGCCAAGAACCUGAUCGGCGCGGGCACCUUCGCCAUGCCCGCGGCCAUGUCGCGGACCAUGGCGCCCGGCGCGUCGCUCGCCGGCGGCCUCGCGGCGCCCCUGGCGAUGAUGGUCGCGCUCGCGUCGAUGUCGGCGUACUGCUUCAACAUGAUCGGCCGCGCGACGAACGGCGAGCGGGCGACGCUCGGCGAGGCCUGGGAGGCCGCGGGGCUCGGGUCGACGUCCUGGCUCAUCAAGGGGGGCACGGUCCUCAAGUGCGCGUCGGCGUGCUUGAUGUACGGCAUCGUGUUGGCGGAUUUGGGCGUGCCGCUCGUCGCGUCGGCGGUGCCCGCGCUCGCGACGCGCGCGCGCGUGCUCGCCGCGACCAUGGCCGUCGCCGCGCCGCUCUGCCUCGCGCCGACGCUGGAUUCCCUCAAGCCCUUCUCCCUCGCGGGCCUCGCGUCGACGUUAUUGGUCGUCGCGUUCAUGGGCCUCCGCUGCUUCACGCCCGACAGGGUCGCCGUCGCCGCGGCGCCCGCGGCCGCCGCGGCGGGCUCGGGGGCGACGAUCAUCCUGCUGUCGACGCUGGCGACGGCGACGCUGGCGCACUACAACGCGCCCGCGUUCCGCGCGGAGCUCGCGGACCCGCAGGGCCCGACGGCGAACCGGCGCUUCGCCAAGGCCGUCGCGGGCGCGUUCGCGCUGACAACCCUGGUCAACGGCCUCGUGGCCGCGCUGGGCGUCGCGACCUUCGGCACCGGCCGGCCGGACAUCCCGGGCUUCGUGCUCAACGCCUACGGGUCCGCGACGUCGAAGGUGGUGGAUACCCUGGCGGACGCGGCGCGCGCGGUCUUCUUCUUCUCCUUCCUCACGUCCUUCCCCUUCGCCUUCGCGGGCCUCAAGGACGGCGUCACGCCCGGUGCCUGGACCCCGCCGGCGAAGAAGGCGCUGACGCUGGGCAUGCUCGGCGGCCUCGGCGUCGCGGCGCACUACGUCACGGACGCGGGCUUCGUCGUCGCCUUCGCGGGCGCGACGCUCGGCUCGGCGCUGACCUACGUCAUCCCGUCCCUCCUCCUCCUCAAGACCAAGGGCGACGCCCUGUCCAAGCUCGAGAAGGGCGCCUGCAAGCUCAUCACCGCCGCGGGCUUCGCGUUCAUGAGCCUCGGCGGCUUCAUCACGGCCAAGAGCUACUUCUAG